CUUUUCACAACUAAGUUUUGGCUACUACUUUUGUUUCCUAACCUUCUGAGUCACCUGCCCUUCGGUCCAACAGCCAAAUUCACCCUCUUUAACGUGCUUAUGCGUCACGACUUCGAAGAGAAGGGUCGUGGAAGCGGGGCUUAUCCUCAGCAUCUUUUUCACGGUCUCAACACAAAUUUGGGCAGACGGGUGCGCUGUAUCCUCAAACACCUCUUCCCCGUACCAAAGGAGGAGACAAAACGAGUGGUGGUAUGGUACGAGGAUGAAGAUAUCAUCCGAUUUAGGCAUCACACCUACAAAUACGUUGACAGAGUACUGGAAACCGAGGAACAUGGACCCCGAUUCGACAUGCUAUACAAAAUUUGGCGAGGUCCACUGCACGAGGAGGGCACAGCGGAGGUGGAGUGGGUGUUCCGACCCUAUAUGAACACCGCCUAUAAACGGUGCUUCCUCUCCACCGAAGAGGGUAACGAUACGGACGAUGAACCCGAAGCCGGAGGCACCAACGCGAAGAAGAGACUCAAGGGCCUAUGA